AUGCGAAAUCCCGAUGAUGCUCGAGGACUAAAUGAUAAACAAACGCUUCGGAAAUUGGAAUACACAACCCGAAUAGGUCCCAGGGCCCAGCAAAGUGAAAAUCACGAGAGGGGCUCGAUCCGGGGUAGCCUUGAGGAUGUGAAAACGACGACAACGGAUGUGGUGGUUGCAGAGAGGCUCAAGGCGCCCAUCCGAUCUCUGUUGGCCGGCCAACUUCAAGUCACAAAAUCCCAGGGAGCCCUACCCUUCGGCGAGUCUUGA